UAUUUAUAUUCUCUUUUUAGUUCCAUAGGUGAUUAGGGUGACUGACGAAUAGUUAUGCGAAAGUAUUUUGUUUACAUGAUGGUCAUGUCCCGUGCUGCAAUUUAUUCUGCGCAAGACACGUCAGCUUUAAAACGAGCUUUGAGCCUCAUAGCAGACUCGGACAAAAAGCUCAAAAAACCUGUACCGCCAGUAUCUUUGACACAAUUUUCAACAAAUAAUCAAACCCUAAAUAAAAUGGUUGAUCCCAAAAGAGUUGUAGGCUAUGAGGACAUGUUGAAGGUUAUUCACCAGCCUGAGAAAGUGAUCAUAGAUGUCCGCAAUCCUGAUGAAGUUAACGAAACUGGAAAAAUACCUUCGAGUAUCAACAUUCCAUUACAUACUGUCCAGGAUGUAUUAACUAGCAUGUCCGAUGAACAGUUCAAGCAGCAAUACCAACGCAACAAGCCAUCAUCAUCCGAUGAGCUCAUAUUUUAUUGUAGAUCUGGCCGUAGAUCAACAGAAGCUUUGGAUAAAGCUUUGAAACUUGGAUACGCAAACUCUAAAACAUAUCUGGGAAGUUGGAAUGAUUGGUCCAGCAGACAAAAAUGAGGCUGUGUUGUUGUGCAAUAAAAUCGUGAUGUAUAGUACAUUGUUUCUGCAUAAUAUUUCUGUAAUAAAUUUCUGGUUAUAUUA